AUGGCAAAGGCAACAGAAGCUGAAAUUUUGGCGUCCUACCCACAAGUCAACGCUCCUUCGGAGGUAACUGGGUAUAGUUCCAACUUGACAAAGGAACAAGAAGGAAUUUUGGAACAAUUCCGUAUUGUAUUGGAUGCAUUGGGAUACACUGAGAGAACUGAUACUGCAACUCUUUUAAGAUUUCUUCGUGCUAGAAAGUUUGAUUUGGAAAAGGCUAAAGCUAUGUAUAUCAAAUGUGAAGAAUGGAGAAAACAAUUUGGUACCAACACUAUAUUGGAAGAUUUCCAUUAUGAUGAAAAACCAUUAGUUGCUAGUAUGUAUCCUCAAUAUUAUCAUAAAACCGAUAUUGAAGGAAGACCUGUUUAUUAUGAAGAAUUAGGUAAAGUGGAUUUAAAUAAAAUGUUGAAGAUUACUACUGAAGAUAGAAUGUUAAAGAAUUUGGUAUGGGAAUAUGAAUCCUUUACAAAUAAUAGAUUACCUGCUUGUUCAAGAAAGGCCGGACAUUUAGUUGAAACAUCUUGUACAAUCAUGGAUUUAAAGGGAAUUUCUCCAAUGUCUAUUUAUACCGUAAGUAAUUACGUUAGAAGAGCCUCUGAAAUUGGUCAAGAUUAUUACCCUGAAAGAAUGGGUAAGUUCUAUUGUAUCAACGCUCCUUUCGGGUUUGCUACUGCAUUCAAGAUUAUUAAGGCCUUCUUAGAUCCGGUUACCGUUAAUAAAAUCCAUAUUUUGGGUAGCAGUUACUCAAAGGAAUUAUUGAAACAAAUUCCUGCUGAAAACUUGCCUGUGAAGUUUGGGGGUAAAUCUGAUAUUAGUGAUCAAGAUUUAUACUUGAGUGACAUUGGUCCAUGGAGAGAUCCUGAAUAUAUUGGCCCAGAAGGUGAAGCACCAAAGCAAUUUGAAAAGUAA